AUGUACGCGAGGGGUCGUGGUAUAGUGCGAGCCAGUAGCUACCCUUAUGAGGCUGAGGUUGGUAUGUGUAAGUAUUCCGUCACUGAGGAUCCAAACCUGCAGUGUCUCAAGGAUGGUGAUAUCUAUGGAGUCGUUGACGUACCGGCGGCCAACGAGGGUCGCAUGAUGGAAGCUGUAGCUACCGGACCAGUGACGGUUAUUCUAUAUGGUUCGGCCCCGACAUUCAAACAUUACAAAGGCGGGAUUAUCACAA